ACACAGCGAGACUCCAUCUCAAAAAGUAAAUAAAUAAACAAUUAUUGUCAUGCCGAUGUUUUAUUGCGAAAUCCACAGCAUCCGUUGCCUCCUGCUUCUCGCUCUUUUGUUUACUGGAAGGUAACUUCCUCCAUGACAAAAUAUGGGUGGCACAGAGGAUAAGCGACUUUCCCGAAGCACCUGACCUUCGAUGUGGCCUUGUCUUCCAAUUUGUUCUAGGACUGUUAAAGAUUCACUCCAGCCAAGCAAGUCCCCAGCAGGCAGUCCUGACGAUUCCCAGCCAGCUCAAACCACUCAGCGUAAACACGUCUGGAGGGGUGCAGACGAUCCUGAUGCCUGUGAAUAAAGUGGUUCAGUCAUUUUCUACCAGCAAGCCACCUGCCAUUCUGCCUGUAGCUGCCCCAACUCCAGUUGUCCCCAGCUCUGCUCCAGCAGCUGUUGCAAAAGUGAAGACUGAACCAGAAACACCUGGGCCGAGCUGCCUCUCUCAGGAGGGUCAGACAGCAGUGAAAACAGAAGAAAGUUCUGAGCUGGGAAACUAUGUCAUUAAGAUAGACCAUUUAGAGACUAUCCAGCAACUCUUAACAGCAGUAGUAAAGAAGAUUCCAUUAAUCACUGCAAAAAGUAAGACAAUUACACUGAAUAUAGGGGUGCAUUUUUUAAAGCCGUGAAUUUAAGGUAUUGAGUCAACUGAAAUCACUUGGGUUUGUAAAUUAAUAUUGAUAAUGGCAGUUACCUUGUAAGGUUUCAGCUAGAGAUACAGCUCAUUUGCAAGGGUUUUAGAAUUCAUAUGCAGUUAGUUUUUUAUUCUUUUUACUGUGUUGUUCUUUAGAAGGAAUGUUUUACAUUUUUCAUAUGUAAAUCAUAAAUUGUUUUGUAUGCAGUUAAAACUCUGUAUUAGCAUUUGGCGUUUAUGAGUGAGGAAAGCAUUUAGUGUUUGCCUGCAGUGUACCAGGUCCUGUGCAGGCUGGGUACGUUCACUGUCUCAUAUAAUCCCAGCCUCCUGUGUGGUAGCUGGUGUCAUCUGCAUUUACAGAUGAGGAAACUGAGGAUAAACAGGGUUGAAUAACUUGCUUGAGAUCACAGAGCCAUGGGUGGUGAAACAGGAUACAAACCUGGUUCUGUUUGACUCUAAGACCGUUCAUCUUUCCUCUGAAACUCAGUAUUGCACACUGUAGAAAUGCACAGUUUUUAAGACCUCCCAAAGUGGUGUGCUGUGUCACUCCCAUCGUUAGCUAGAUUGAGUAAAUUGCUGCUUAGCCCCAGUUGUUUUGAUAGAAUCAAUAACCCUUGCUGAGGGGCCAGCAGCCUGCGGACACAGGAGCAUGCUCAUGGGCAAGACCACUAUGCACACUCAGAGGGAAGCCAGGGGCAGCCUCCACGCCACUCAGAUUUGUAGGGCUCUGAACACGUACGCCAGGUACAGACCACCUACUUAUUUUUUCCAACUGUAAUAGCAAAGCGGUAGUCUCUCUUUCUAAGGUAAAGUUUGGGGGAUCAUUUUGAUGUAUCUCAUAAUAAACUUUUGAUGACAGUUUCCCAGCCUGACAGAAGAAAUUCAAACAAAAAAAUCUCUCUCAUAUAUACGUGUUUGUGUGUGUGUGUGUGUGUGUAU